GACGUGGCAACAUGGAGUCGGGACAAUGCGGCCUCGGCUUUUCCAUUUCGCACAGUCUCGCGAAAUGACGAAAGUGUAACGUUUAGUGCGGCAGGCAGAAUUUGCAAUGCGGCUCGGCAUCGUAGCGCACUGUGGCCUCUUGUUAUGAACAGAGCGCCCCGAUUUUCGUUCCUACACCGUGGAAAGCCCACGUGUUCUUCCGCAUCGUUCCUCGCUCGAUCGGCCGCUAUUCGUCGUCUCACAGCGUUCGCCUUCACAUCGCAGCACUGCUGACUACCUGUGAGAAACCGCUGCCCCUUCAGUGGACCAAGAACAGCAGCAAGUGCACCAACAACAGCAGUCGAUCGAGAUGACAAGGAUCCGUAAGAUCUGCGGCAUCGGGGCCGGUUAUGUGGGUGGACCCACGUGCAGCGUCAUCGCCCUCAAGUGCCCAGAGAUUCAGGUGACAGUGGUGGACAAGAGUAAGGAGAGGAUAGCGCAAUGGAACUCGCAGAAGCUGCCCAUCUACGAGCCGGGUUUGGAUGAGGUAGUGCAAAAGUGCCGGGGCAAGAAUCUGUUCUUUUCUACGGACAUCGACACGGCGAUCAUGGAGGCCGACCUGAUAUUCAUCUCGGUGAACACGCCGACGAAGACCUUCGGCAACGGCAAGGGUAGGGCCGCGGAUCUCAAGUACGUGGAGAGCGCAGCCAGGAUGAUCGCGGAGAUCGCGACCGGCGACAAGAUCGUCGUGGAGAAGAGCACGGUGCCAGUAAGGGCGGCCGAGAGUAUUAUGAAUAUCCUGCGCGCUAAUCACAAGCCAGGCGUCUCCUAUCAGAUCCUCUCGAACCCCGAAUUUCUCGCCGAAGGCACCGCCAUAGAAGACCUGGUGCACGCAGAUCGAGUGCUGAUCGGCGGAGAAGACUCGCCGGAAGGUCAGGCGGCCAUCGAGGAGCUCUGCAAGGUUUACGAGCAUUGGAUCCCGAGGGAGAAUAUCUUGACCACCAACACGUGGAGCUCGGAACUGUCGAAGCUGGCGGCGAAUGCUUUCCUGGCGCAACGAAUAUCCAGCAUAAAUUCCCUGUCAGCGGUAUGCGAAGCCACGGGCGCUGACGUGUCCGAGGUCGCACGAGCGGUCGGGCUCGAUUCGCGAAUCGGUUCGAAGUUCCUGCACGCGUCGAUCGGCUUCGGCGGUUCCUGCUUCCAAAAGGACAUUCUGAAUCUGGUGUACAUUUGCGAGUGCCUAAAUCUGCCCGAGGUGGCGGCUUAUUGGCAACAGGUGAUCGAUAUGAACGAGUAUCAGAAGUCGCGAUUUUCCGCGAAGGUUAUCGAAUCUCUCUUUAACACCGUGACUGACAAAAGGAUCGCAAUGCUGGGCUUCGCCUUCAAGAAAAAUACAGGAGACACGCGUGAAUCACCGGCGAUUCACGUCGCCAAGACGCUGCUGGACGAAGGCGCCGUACUUCACAUUUACGACCCCAAGGUCGAGGAGGCACAGAUCAUCGAAGAUUUGACUCAUCCGAGUGUGACGAGCAAUCCCGAACACGUAAAAAGCAGAAUCAGUAUUUACAAGGACGCUUAUAGCGCGACGAAGAACACGCAUGCGAUCGUGUUGUGCACCGAAUGGGACGAAUUUAUCGAACUGGAUUACAUACAGAUUUAUGCCGGAAUGAUGAAGCCAGCGUAUAUCUUCGACGGUAGAAAGAUCCUAAACCACGAUCGACUGCAGAAGAUCGGUUUCGUCGUGCAAACCAUCGGCAAGAGGCUCACCAGAUCUGCGAUUUCGAGAGCGUGGGGCAGCCAGACGCAAAUUUAAGAGGAAAUGGACCAAUCUAUACAAGCAAUACUUCCAAUUCGAUAAAUAAUGUUAAUUAUAUAUUUAAUGAUAUCUGCGAUUUACUGCAAAUAUUUUGCCGAAUUAAUUUAAAUGAAUUGAUGCAUUUUUAAGACAACAGAGAGAAAUAAUGUGCGUUUGUGUGAGAGAAAUGGAGUGAGUGAGAGAGAUCAAAUCGGACUAUUUUAAAAUUAGCACAUUUGUCUCAUGAUGAACGUACCGAUACAGACUGCGCAUUGUAAAAAAAAAAAAC